CCAGCCGUCGCCCGGCGAGCCGCGCCCGCUGCAGGCGCUGCUGGACGGCCGCGGGCUCUGCGUCAACGCCAGUGCCGUCGGCCGUCUGCGCAACUACCUGCUGCCCGCGCCGCCCGCGCCAGGUGAGCCGCCCGCGCCAGGAAACACCAGCGAGUCGGAGGAAGACCGUGGCACGAGUAGCGUGGAGAGCCCAGCUGUCCCUAGCACACACCGGGUGCCUGACUCCAAGUUUCACCCCUCCCAUGCCAAGAUGGACAUCAUCAAGAAAGGGCAUGCCAAGGACAGCCAGCGCUACAAAGUCGACUACGAGUCUCAGAGCACAGACACCCAGAACUUCUCCUCUGAGUCCAAGAGGGAGACGGAAUACGGUCCUUGCCGUAGAGAAAUGGAGGACACUCUGAAUCACCUGAAGUUCCUCAAUGUGCUGAGCCCCAGGGGUGUCCACAUCCCCAACUGCGACAAGAAGGGAUUUUAUAAGAAAAAGCAGUGCCGCCCUUCAAAAGGCAGAAAGCGGGGCUUCUGCUGGUGUGUGGAUAAGUACGGGCAGCCUCUCCCAGGCUAUGAUGCCAAGGGCAAGGAGGAUGUGCACUGCUACAGCCUGCAAAGCAAGUAGACAGCGGCUGCAAGAUUCAUGUGGAGCUCAAAUACGCCUUAUUUUGCACAAAAGACUGCCAAGGACAUGACCAGCAGCUGGCUAAAGCCUCGAUUUGUAUUUCUUUUUGUGGUGAACUGACUUUUUUUUUAAACCAAAGUUUAGAAAGAGGUUUUUGAAAUGCCUACGGUUCCUUCAAAUGGUAAACUUGAGCAUCUUUUCACUUUUUCCAGUAGUCAGCAAAAAACUGUUUGAAUUUUCUUGUUGCUUCCUAUAAAAACAUACAUAAGCUCGAGCACAGUGCCCAGACUUCUCCCCUUGUGGAAUCCUCACCGUGUGUUCGCCAAAGCAGCUGCCCCUCUGACUUCAUGACUUAGGCAGCUGUGCUGCCUAUGUAGAGUACAUACUUCCUUCUCACUCUGUAAGAUGAGCACAGGCCGUAUCAAGAAUAGGAAAACCCUUCACCUCCACUCAUCUGGACAUCCUGACACGUUCCUGGAGCUCAUGGCCUUCAUGGUACCAUCUUUGAAGCAAAGGCCCAGGUCCCUCGACCAAGAAGAUUGUUCAUAUCUUGAAGUGACCUGUACUGCUUGGGGACUCUUGGAGAGAAUAAGGUGAAGUCUUACUUGUAAAAAAAAAAAAAUGACCAAGAAUGUUCUAGGGCACUCUGGGAACCUAUAAAGGCAGGUAUUUCUGACCCUCCUUUGUCAGUCAGCUUCCUGAAAAUGUGGCCCAGUUGAAGGCCCAAAGUGGCCUUUGAUGUGGUCCCACAGGGCAGGAGGGAUGGGGACAAGGAAAGUCGGCCUCUGUAUUCAGAGGCAUUACAAACAAUGACACGAUUCUUCGGAUGACUGCGGAAAAUAGUUUUGUAGUUCAACAACUCAAGACAAAGUUUAUUUCUGAGGAUAAGCUCUUUAAAGACGAACGUUUAUUUUCAUCUCUCACCUUGUGUCCUCCUUGGCUCAGUGUAAAAAAGAAUAAUAAUAUCUAAACAGGAAAGAUGAGUGGCUUGCUGGGGAGGCCCACUGAGGACACUGGGAGCACAUAGAGUCACCCAUGUUUGUUGAACUUGGAGUCAUUCUCAUACUUUUCUUUAUAAUUCACGCAUAUAUGCAGAGAAGAUAUGUUCUUAAUUAAUUGUUAACAUUGUAUGCAACAUAGCCCAAAUAUAAUAAGAACUAUACUAGAUAAUCCUAGAUGAAAUGGUAGAGAUGCUAGAUGAUAGAACUAUGGCCAUGACCGAGGAAAGAGCUUGUGCCCAGAGCCUGAGCUUCUCUCCUGGAGGCCAAACCCAAGGAGGUCUGGCAAAGUCAGGUGCAAGGAGUCUCUCCCCUGCCCUGCUGUGGCCCUCAGUGUGGACACACACUGCCCAGAGCUCUCCUUGAGAACACAAAGGGGUCUCGAGACAUUCUGCCUACCUAUUAGCUUUUCUUUAUUUUUUUAAUUAAGUUUUUGGGGAAAAAAUAUUUUUUGAAAAGUUUGUCUUGCAAUGUAUUUAUAAAUAGUAAAUAAAGUUUUUACCAU